AUGGCCGCCAUUCCUGCAGCUGGUCUAAGCAGUGUCCGGAAUUUGAAAAAAGAAUUGCAGAAGAUCUGCGGUGUUCCGCGUUUUCGGCAGAAGAUUCUGCACGAAGGCACUGCUUUGGAGGAAGAUGUGUGCCUCGACGUGUCACUGGAGAGUGUGCUUCUGGUCUUAGUGACCUUUUGCGCUGCGUCGGAAGCCGAGAUCAAGGAGCUCGUUUAUUCCCCUUGCGAUGGCUCUGUCGAGGAAGUGGCAAAAAUCUUGCAGCGGUCCAUGGACCCAAAUGCAACAACUGACGAUGGCAAAACAGCUCUGAUGCAGGCAUCGCAAGAUGGCUACACUGACAUUGCGCAGUUGCUCUUGGAAGCUCGUGCUGACAUGGACAUGGCCGACCAUGAUGGCGUCACACCCCUACUUGCCGUGUCUCGCGAAGGUGGGGAGGACAUGGUUCGCUGGCUGCUGGCCGCUAGAGCAGAUUUAAACAAGGCCGACAGCAAUGACUGCACUCCUUUGGUCGGUGCCCUUCAAGAAGGGCGGGUCAAUAUUGCGCGCCUGCUGGUGCAGGCUGGUGCUGGUACCGGUCCAGGUCCUCAAGGAAACGAGUUGCUCUACAGCGAAUGCUGUGAGGGCAACCUGGAGGUUGUUGGAUUGCUCUUGGAGGCGAGGGUUGACCCGAAUGCUGCAACUGAGGACGGCGCGACGGCUCUUGUAGUUGCAUCUGGUGAAGGUCAUCAAGAAAUCGUACAGAUGUUAUUGACCUCCAAGGCAGAUGCAAACCGUUUUGAUGCCAACGGCUUCACUGCGCUCUUCCUGGCAGCCCAAAGCACGCACUCGGAAGUUGUUCGCUUGCUGGUGCAGGCUGGUGCUGACCCUGAUACAGAGAUCAUGGGGACCACUGCGCUUGCCAGUGCGACUGUGGACGACUCUGUGGAAGUUGUGCGCUGCCUCUUGCAUGCAAAGGUUGCACUCGACCAAGUGAACGAGGAUGGACAGACACCAUUGAACACGGCCUGUUCCUUUGGCCAUUUGGAGGUCGUGCGAUUGCUAGUGCAAGCUGUGGUUGACAGAAUAGGACUUGUGGGCCUGGACCGCGUGGACAAAUGCGGUGGCUACACUGCUCUACAUUGCGCAUCCAUUCACAACUUUUUGCCAGUCGCUCGCGUACUUGUCGAGGCCGGGGCCAGCAAAGACAUAGAAGACGAAACGGGUUACAUACCUUUUGAUUAUGCGAAGGAUGAGGACAUGGCUCAGCUUCUGGCCGCGGAGAGGAUUACUGUCGCCUUUUAUCGCCAGUCCCUCCAAGGGGAAGGAAUGAUCCACGUGCUGCGUGCGUCGCGAAAGUGCGACAAUGCCGCGGCAGCCAGCAUCAAGAGCCUCAGCUCCAAGCAUGCUGUGCUGGCUGAGGAAACCCAGCAGCUCGCGACGGAGAGUGAAGCACUCAAGGCCGAAGUGCAGCAGAUGCAGGCAGAGCUCCAAGCCGGCACAAGCCGCCUCCAGCGCGUGGAGGAGGCGACCCGGCUUGCGCGAGGGGUUGCAGAGCAGAAGAGAGCAGAGGCGGAAGCGGCCUUAGCGCAGGCAGCGCAGCGGGACGAGGCUCUGAAACAGGAGCUUCGUCUCCAGCAGAAAGUCAAGCUGCAGGACGAGUGCCGCAGCUGCGAGCAGAAGAAGCAUCAGCUUCUUGAAGAGCAGGCACACGAGGCCGCAGGGAUUGCCAAGGCGCAAGAGGCAGCUUGGGCACUCGAGCGCUCAGAGUCCGCUUUGCAGGAUGCACAGAUGCGUGUGGAGAAGCUUCGAAGCGAUCGCGACCUGACACUUCAGCGCAGCCGUGCUGCAGAACAGCAGGCCAAAGAAGCGCUGGAGGCCAGGGGCCAAAGAGCCGCUGAGCUGCGCAGAAGUUGCGAAGCAUUGGAGGUGGAGGAGCAGUCCUUGAAGCAGGCCCUCCGAGAUCAAGCUCUCCAUUUUUCAGAAUGCACGCCACCCCUCUAUGCAGAGGUGGAGGCCUUGCACGAGGAGCUGGCGGCAGCAUCUCGAAGCAGGAGCGCCAGUGUGUCCAGCGCAGUGCGCGCACCCGUUCUUUCCACACGUGCUGCGGGCGCCUCUCUUAGCCAUCGACUCCAAAGCCCUGCGGUAUGA